GCGCAUUCCAGUAAGGAAAGGAGGUGGUGCCAUCGGGCUCGCGCUCUGCUCGAGUUGGUAUUUUUGGAUAUCUGGUACAGGCCUGAGGUUCUGCAUAAUGCCUCCGGUGUAAAGGGGCCUACCAUUAUGGGGAACUGGGACCCCGCCGCUACGGGGUGGACAGACCGACCGCUACUGAGAGUUCGUCAGGGCGGUUAACGUGGGGACAAAGCGCGCUGUAGAACGACAACCUUGCCAUCAAAGAUAGCUAGCAGCAGGCAUCAAGAGGCUCGUCGUCAGCUCAGCUGCAGAGGAGGCGGCACUGUUUGCAGGAUUAAAGGGAGAGCUUGGUGUGUACGGUUCAGGGGAGGUGGUCUUCGGAGUGUGAGGGAAAUUUGAGUGAGACAGGUUAGCUACUGACGUGAUUUUAAAUACGUUUAACAUAUAUGCCUACCACGGAACCCUAUCUAUGGAGAUAUUGUCGACACAGAGAGGAUCUGGUCAGGCCGAUCCAGUGAUAGAGCGGGUUCAGCCGUAAUAAAUCAGUUGGGUAGGCUAAUCUCUUGGCUUUUUGUCCAUCGGGCUGCGAUGUCAGCUUUCUGCCUCGACCUGCAUACAUCAACGGCCGCGAUUUCAGCACCCCUGGAGCUGGACAGCGACUGUAUGGAGCACCCGCUGGAUCAGGGCAAUAAAACCCCACAAGAAACGGGAGGAUUUCAGAGCCACUCACUGCUACACACCGGCUCUGGUGGCCUCGGGAUGGCGUUGGAAGAGGAAUUAGCCAUGCUUACUGGGGAGCAGGACGAGGAAGUGGAGGACGAGUUGCCCAAUGUCGAGACGCCUGUAAUUGAACAGAAUACAGACUUGUUGUCGCUCUUCCGUCAAAAAGAAAAGGACUUGGUUUUAGCUGCUAAACUAGGCAAGGCAUUGCUAGAGCGAAACCAAGACCUGACUAAGCAAUAUGAGAAAAUGAAUAAAGAUCUUAACGAUAAACUAGAGAGCCUGGAACAGGAGAAGCACGAGCUGCGGCGCCGGCUGGAGAACCGUGAGGGGGAGUGGGGGGACCGUGUUGCGGAGCUGGAGACAGACGUCCAGCAUCUGCAGGGGGAGCUGGAGCGUCAUCAGGUGCAGCUGAGAGAGGCUGACCGCGACAAGUCCACAGCCAUUAGGGAGCUGUCGGAACAGAACACCCGCCUGCUGGAACAACUCAACCGGGCUGCAGAGGUGGAGAGACAGCUGUCUUCUCAGGUGCACUCAUUACGAGAUGACUUCAGAGAGAAGAGCGAAUCCACCAAUCAGCACAUGACACGACUAGAGAACCUACAUGCUGAGCAAGGUGUAGAAAUUAAAAUGCUGUCAGAACGUAAGAGGGAGCUGGAGCGUCGAGUUAACGCUGUACUAGAGGAAAAUGAGCUCCUUCAGAACACCGUUGACCACCUGAGGGAAAGGACGUUAGUGCUUGAGAAACAGUACCAGGAGAAGGACAUGCAGUUACGGCAGAGCCAGCUGGAGCUACAGGAGGCCAGGGUGUCUCACAGACAGCUGAGUGCCCGCUUUGAGGAGCUCACAGAGGAGAGGAGUGUACAGGGCCUCGGCCCACACCCUGCCAGCCUCCUCUGUGAGAUAGAGCAGAGCAUGGAGCAAGAAGAGCAGGAACAGGAGAGGGAGCAGCUGCGUCUCCACCUGUGGGAGGCCUACUGCCAGGUGCGAUCACUUGUCUCCCACCUGCGAGGCAACGACAUCACAGACUCAGCCCUGUCAACAGAUUCCUCAAUGGACGAGUCCUCAGAGACUUCGUCCGCCAAGGACGUCCCCACCGGGAGCUUACACGCCAGUCUGCUGGAACUACGCAGACUUACCCAGAACCUGCUAGACGGCAACGAGUCCACGGGUUCUCGACGUAGUGACGAAGAGGCACUGGAAGACCAGGUUCGAAAGCUUGGGGAAGAGCUGAGAGGAGUGAGAGAACUAUAUGACGCUGAACAGGACAGAACACGGACCAGCCAAGAGGAGGUUCUGGAACUCCAUAACAAGAUAGCAAUGCUUUCCGUGGAGGUGUGCUCCGUACGGGAGGAGAAUGAGCGGAUUAGGGCCAUGUCUGAAGCCAGAGACCCCAGUGAACAGCUCCAAAGUGCUAUACGAGACCGAGAUGACGCCAUUUCUAAGAAGAAAGCAGUGGAGAUGGAGCUGGCUAAAUGUAAGAUAGAUAUAAUGUCUCUGAAUAGCCAGCUCCUGGACGCCAUCCAGCAGAAGCUAAACCUAUCACAGCAGCUGGAGGCCUGGCAGGAUGAUAUGCACAGUAUGAUUGAUCAGCAGCUCAUGGAAAAGCACCAGGAGGAGUGGAGGGCGACCCCCUACUCCCUCGCUGGGCCCUCUGGGGGUCGUGGGGGCCCUUCCGGCCAGUCCUCCAGGCGAGCCCAUCGCCUCUCUGAUGGGGACAAGAGGCUCUUUUCCUUCUUCAAAAAGAACUGAGCGCCUAUGGACUGGCCAAUGUGAACCUGAGAAAAAGAAAGAGGAAAACAGUGCAGAGGGAGGGAGAGGAAAGACUGGUGGAGCCAAAUCCUGAGGGCAGUGAUGCACUAUCAGACGGGGGGGGGCUAAAGAGGUUCAGGGUUCAUUUUGCACUUUAUCUGUCCCAUCACGUCAGUCCUUACAGAUGUUGAAAGAUCGAGUCAAAGUCACUUCGAUAGCAGCACUGUAAGACCCCCAGAGGCCUUGGCUACCAUCCCAUAAACACCCAUUGGGCUUACAAGAACGUGGUUACAUACUGUACAUUACCUCCAAAGAGGACAGUUCCCUAGUAGUGCCUCCCAGCAUCUCUAGCCCACUGUCAGAACUCUGGACUGGAAGUGUGUGCAUACAGUAGGACUGACUCCUGGGUUCUGUCGCAGGCCAGGGAGUGUGGGGAAAAGGUGUUCGGUACGGUACACACCAAGGCCUGGGGUGGAGGGAUCGGGACAGUGGGACAGGGAUCUGGGUAUGGGAACUUCCAUAUGAGUACAUGGACCAGCUUCUGGGGGGAGAUAUCUCAGACAAGUUCUCAGGUUUAUUCAUAUAUUCAGGGAUUAACAAAGAGGCCUUCCAGUCGCUACAGUCCAGUGGAUGCAUUCCCUGUAAUUGGUUUGCACCAAUUAAAGGGAAUGACAUAGCAUUAUGGCAUUAUGGUCAUGACAUAGCAUUAGCUAUAAGUCAAAGAUAACUUUGACACCACACACCAAGAUUUAAUUCUUCAAUAUCACAGGAUUUGUUGCAUUCACGUAAUUCACAGACAUGGAAAUGUCCAGCUCAUGCCAAGUAUUUCUAUACAUUAACAUAGCACUCUAUGAAAAUCAAGCCUAAAUUUACCUCAGGCCAUUAUCAUCACUGAGUACCCGGCCAGAGCACGGCAGGGGCCAUAAGGAACAGUUACAUUUACUACCCACUGAAUGUAUGACAACCAGCCUAACGUUAUCUAAAGUGGUUAUGGCUCCAUCUCAGGUCCCUAGACAUCUCUUCAUAGGCCUCUCCUUAGUCUCUGACAUAUGAAUAAACCUCUGAGCAGCUGGUGUCAGUUACAGCCUCUGUCAAUGUCGACUUUUUCUAUAGUUACAAUGUCACAUUUAGCAUAUGUUUGACGUACAAAAAAGGGAUAAGAAUAUGUUAUUUUCCUCAUUUAUCUUCCUCCUAGCUGACCAAAUCCUCUGAAUUGUUUACAUUAGCUUAAUAAAGGAGACGUGAACAGUCCUUAAAUACUUCUGCAGUGCCUAAUUUUGGCAAGUCAAAGGCAUCCAUAUUGUGUUGCAGUAAAUUUACUGGAAGACAAAUGCAGUAUGAUAUUGAUUUAGUAUCCUACUCUGUCAGGUACCAGUUUCAAGGUAAAAACAUUUUGACAGGGACUACAGAGUGCAUUAGUAACAUAGAAGUAAUAUAGAAGGUCUGCUGCCAUUCCCAUCGCUUCAAAGCUUAUGAUAGUGGACCAUUCCUUCCCUAGAUUUUGGGCUUCCAUUAGGCCAGACAUAUCUGUGAGUCCGUAUUUGAAGAGUGUGUGUAGAUUUAUGAGAUGCAUCUUUACGAACCUUCAUGGUGUGUGUUGAGAAUGAGACCAUUGCAGUCUUUUGACUUCUGGGCAUGGGAAGUCAUUUCCAGAGCACCAGAGCAAACCUAUGCAGAUGUCUUGGUAAGGUUGGUUACGUUCAACCCAAAGAAUGAUUAUUUUUAAAGAGCUGAGAGUAGGUUCGGACUAAAUCAAUAUAUUUAUAAAUAUAUAUGUUUUUCAAUGGAAAUGUAACAUUUGUUCCUAUAGUUUGUUAGUGUGUAUUGAGCGUUUGCAUACAACAAAUGCAUAUUAAUUGGGAUCUCUAUGGAAAGGGAUAGGAGGGCUGAUGUGAAGAUUCUAAGUCAUCUGUCUGGUCAGUUCUGCUCAAUGAAUGUCAUUCUAAAUUUCACGCAAAUAACAGAAUGUUAGCUAAGUUUGGCAUUUGAAUGAAGUUAAGAUACUCUAAGUUAUUGUACCAAGGUUUUAAUUAAACACAUUACCCUGUUCGCUCCUUACAGGGUUACUGGGUAGCGUUGACAUUUUCUACAAA